UUUAAUUUUGUUGUUACUCUUAUAUAAUAAAACAGCAGCUAGUAACCUACCCAAAAAAGAAGGAAAAAGCAUAAUGAAGAAUCUUGAUCCAAUUCUGAUUGUGUUGCUCAUUUUGAUUGCAUCAGAAUCAACCUCUGCUCAAGAAGUAGAGGAUGAAAGAGAGUUUGAGUAUGCAGAGAAUGGUGAAAAGGGUCCAACAAAAUGGGGAGAGAUGAAGAAAGAGUGGAGUGCAUGCAGCAAUGGAAGUUUGCAGUCUCCAAUAGAUAUGUCGAAUGAGAGAGUUAGGGUUAUCUCACAGCAGGAAAAGAAGAUCAAAUAUACAGCUGCUAAUGCAACUCUCAAGAACAGAGGUCAUGACAUUCAAAUUCAAUGGUUUGGUGAUGCGGGAUCAGUUGUGAUUAACGGCAGUGAUUACCCUCUCCGCCAAGCCCACUGGCAUUCUCCCUCUGAGCACACUAUCCAUGGCAGAAGUUAUGACAUGGAGUUACACUUAGUGCACCUAAGUACAGAUCCCAACCUCCAAAACAACAUUUAUGUCCUUGGAGUUCUUUACAAGAUUGGCAAACCUGACAAAUUUCUCACCAAGUUAAUUACAAAUAUAAGAUCCAUGAUUGAUAAAAAGGGCGAUGAGGUAGCAGUGGGGAUGAUUGAUGCAACUGAUAUUCAAGUGCACAAUAAAAAGUAUUAUAGAUAUAUGGGAUCACUCACUGUUCCCCCUUGCACCGAACGAGUUAUUUGGACUAUCAAUAAGAAGGUGAAAACUGUUUCAGUGGACCAAGUGAAGUUGCUAAGAGAAGCUGUUCAUGAUUACGCGGAGAAAAAUGCAAGGCCCUUGCAACCUAAAAACAGCCGAGAAAUUUUCCUUUACAGCCCUGUAAAUGCUAAUUCAUGAGUCAUAUUUUAGAAAUUUUUUUUAUUUAUCCCAUGUUACAACAAAUUUAAAAAAAAAAAAAAAAAAAAAAAAAGCCAGUUCUGCUUUGUUGUUUAC